AUGGCGUCUUUUUUAGUUCCUUUUACGUUGCAGGUAAAACCCUCAGAGUGGUGCGAAUCCCUGCAUGCAGAGAUCGGGCCCAUUCUCUCUUUAUUAACUCGUAAAGAAAAUGUUUCUGACGCAAAAUCACCUGUUUCACUUUUUCCAGAGAUGAGUAGUGAUAUGGUUAAGCGUUUGCUUGCUCCUGUUGAUUUGCCCCCAUUUGAUGGUAAUCCAGUUCUUGAUAGAGCUAAUGCAAUGGAUUUUGUAGUUGCCUCUCGAAGUUUUUCACGACAUGAACAAUUGUAUGUGCGUCUAGUUUUUCAGGAGUAUUGUCAGCGGAAAAACAUAGAAAAAGAAAGAGAAUCAGUCUUGGAAAAUUUCAGGAAUUCGUUAAACCAGAUCAAAAAUUUAGAACUACCACCUGAGGUCCGUUCAAUGAUUACUACUUUGGAGACGGAGGAGUCAAAGGAACGGGAAGAAGUACAUAUAUCGUAUGAUCGAUUUGUAGCAUGGGUUAACACAACCACCUCAUUAUGGGUGGAAGAAGUACACCGUUUGGAAUUAGAGCGAGAAGCAAAAGCUGCCGCUAUUGAUGCAGCAAAGCGUGCAUUAGAAAAUGAAUUUGCACGGCAGAGUGCUGGUAACUCAAGUGGUGAGUAUUCUAUGGCUAAUGAAGAUAUCCUACGACAACAAGCCAUUGCCUUGAUUGAGCAAGAACAACAAAAUCAGUUAAAAGCAAAGGAAGAACAGGUGAAGCAUUUACGGCAACAGGAAGAACAACUACGACAACAAAUUGAAGACAACAGACGACGUCGUGAGGAGGAGAAGGAAAAAGAACGUGAUAUGGAGUUAGAAUCACGAUACAUGAAUCUUAUGCAGGAGGAAAGUUCAAUACGGCAGCGUAUGUCGCAGCGUGAAGAGGAGUGGGCACAACGUGAGAAGGAUCGUUGUUUAUUAUUGGAACACAUUGAGGCAGAGGAGCAAUUACUGCGUCAACGACUACAAGAGCGUGAAAUUGAGCGGAAGAAGGCAGAAGAGGAGAAGAGAACUAUGGAAUAUGAGCAACGUGAGCAACUCUUUGAACAUGUGGAGGCUGAAGAAGAAUUGUUGCGUCAACGUCUGCAGCGUUAUGAUGAGACGCGAUUGGCAGAAGCUGAAGCGGCGAAAAAAAAAGAGGAAGAAGAACGUGAGCAAUUGUAUGAACAUGUUCGUGCUGAAGAAGAAAUUAUUCGUGAACGUCUUGAGAAACGAAAAAAAGAGGAAGCGGAGAAGAAAGCCAAAGAAGAGCAGGAGGAGCAGAAUCGACGUAAGAAUAAGUUGAUGGAAGAGCUUAUGGCAGAGACCUCAGCGUUAGAGGAGAGAGUACGUCACCGUGAAGAGAUGCAACGUAAAAACAUGGAAUUUGAGGAGGUGAAAAUGGAAGAACAGUUGCGUCUCUUGCGAGAAUUAGAGGAUAAACAACAACGACUUCUCUCUCUUCAGCAGCAACAAAAGCAGCAACAUCAACAACAACAUCCAAAAUCACAACUUCAACAAGAUGAUCGACGACAACAGUAUCAACAACAACAAGCUUUACAGCAACCUCAGGGAGUACCUCCCUCAAUAUCAGAUUACUACUAUGACCCUGUCACAAUGACUCCACAUUCUUCCUCAGGUUUGUGGAUGGGUAACAACAAUGGUUCAUCUCAUCAACUUUCCCCAGUUUAUCAGUUUCAUCAUCAUCAGCAUCAACAACAUCAACAACAACAACAACCGUACCAUCAGUUACAACAACAACAACAACCGUAUCAUCAGUUACAACAGCAACAACAACCGUAUCAUCAGCUACAACAGCAACAACAACAACAACCGUAUCAUCAGCUACACCAGCAACAACAACAACAAUCGUACUAUCAGCUGCAACCACAACAACUGCAACAAGGAGCUGGAGUAUCUCAUUUUCCUUUUCAAUCCUAUUGA